CAUGGUGGCACUGGAUUGCAUUGAGUAUUUUUUGAAGAUUGCAGAUUUUAUUCUCUGUUGUGUGGCGUGUCAGUGUUUGCUUGUGUGAUGUUUUUGGAUUUUGGGUGUUUCUGGAAGUGAUUCAUGGUGUCAAGUUAUUAGUUAAGUGGUUUAAAAACAUUUAAGAACUACUCUUGUCAGCAUAUUCCUGACUGGGAAGUGUAAUGAUGGAGCUUAGCCACAGUCUGACUUUGAACGAGGAAGCCCUCAAGCAGAUCCCAGAGGCCAAGCGACCCGUCUUCAUAUUUGAGUGGCUUCGCUUUCUUGACAAGGUCCUAGUCGCUGCACAAAAGGCGGAUAUAAAAGGAUGCCAGAAGAAGCUGGUGGAGCAGCUGAUGCAGCUGGUGCAGGAAUGCCCAGGUCCGCCGACACGCCGGCUGCUGGCCCGCUGCCUGGCAACGCUCUUCAGUGUCGGCGACACCUUUCUGCUCUUCGACACCGUCAACAAGUGCAACGACAUCUUGAAGAACAAAGACGACUCGCCUAGUUUCUUACCAACUAAGUUAGCCGCAAUUUGCUGUGUAGGCAGUAUGUAUGAAAAGUUGGGACGAAUGAUGGGCCGCAGUUACGAAGAGACUGUCUCCAUCCUGGUGAAGGCUCUCAGAAGCGCCGAAUCUCAGACUCGUAUUGAAAUCAUGUUGACGCUUGAAAAGGUUUGCUGUGGCAUGGGCAGUGCCAUUUCAAAUAUGCACAAAGAAAUCUAUAAGGCUGCCCGCCAUUGUCUUACUGACAGGGUUAUGGCUGUGAGGUGCGCUGCAUCAAAGUGUAUUUUGGAAAUGCUUAAGCAUGCGCCGUUUCUGUACACGAGUGAGCUGGAGAGCCUGGCUACACUGUGCUUCAGGGCAUUCGAUGGCUCCAACUACGAGGUGCGCUGCUGUGUGGCCAGGCUGCUUGGAGCUGCUAUUGCCACCACACAGAUGCACACCAAACCAAAUCCGGCCGCUGGUGUGGCACAGAACAAGAACGCGAACAAGAGUGUUUCGCUGGACGAGGCACUGGGCGUGCUGAUGGGGGGCUUCCUGAGGGGGGGCACUGGCUUCCUCAAGGGCACCGGAGAGAUCAUCAAGGGCAGCUCCAGUCUCAACCGUGAGGUUCGAGUUGGCGUCACACAUGCCUAUGUGGUGUUUGUGCAACUUGUUGGAGGCGCUUGGCUGGAGAGAAACCUGAAUCCUGUGCUGAACCACGUUCUCGACUUGGUCGCCAACCCGAAAGCAGCCUCCUCUCAUGUCGAUGCUGUCUAUUCUCGAAAAUGCAUCAACUUCAUACUGCGCAGUAUUCUUGGUCGGAUGCUCGGCGAAAAGGCACAGACAUCCGCUGUCAAAGAGAUGGCUCUAUUGGUUGCCAAACAGAUGAACUCAAUUGAUUUCAACCCAGAGAAUGCCAAAGACUGCAAUCAAGAAACACUGUUCGGUCAGCAUCUAUUGGUGUGUGCCCUUCAAGAAAUGGGAAGUCUCAUUCUAAGUCUGGGAACGACUGCCAACAACCUCUUGAAUGACCAGUCUUGCAAUUUGAUUGAAGCGACGAUGGCAGUUUUGAUCCAUCCAUGCCAGGCGGCAAGGUUGGCUGCAGCAUGGUGCUUGCGCUGCAUAUGUGUGGCCGUACCUAGCCAAAUCACACCUCUUAUUGACAGGUGUGUUGAGGGUAUUGAGAAUAUGCGAACAACAAGCGAAGCAAUAUCAGGAUACAGUGGAGCUCUAGCUGCUGUAUUGGGAGGAGUUAGAUUGUCCCCAUUAGGUGUACCUCAUACAAAAGGAAAGGUAAUCUUCAAUACAGCUGAAGAACUGUUGCGUAGUGCCAGUCAGAAUAGUCGACUCUCACUCAACCGAACCCAAGCAGGCUGGCUCCUCAUAGGUGCUAUAAUGACACUUGGUAUGCCAGUUGUUCGUGGCUUGCUGCCACGUAUGCUGCUUUUGUGGAGGAACUCGUUCCCCAGGUCCAACAAAGAGCUCGAAUCUGAAAAGGCCAGAGGAGAUGCUUUCACAUGGCAGGUAACAUUGGAAGGCAGAGCUGGGGCACUUUCAGCCAUGCACAGCUUCCUGCAGAACUGCCCUGAACUAGUAACUGAUGACAUCAUUCGCAGACUCCUCAACCCUAUUGAAUCGGCCCUAGCCAUGUUAAUCAACAUAUCCUCUGUUCUGAAAACAUACGGCCAACAUUUGAAGGCACCUGCUGCCAUGAUCCGUCUCAGACUCUACGAAACAUUAUCCCUCUUGCCUGCGCAAUCUUUUGAAGGCUCUUAUACGCACCUACUGCGUUUGCUAGUCUCCGAAUUCACGUUGGGUGAAAAUCCAGCAAAUACAACCACUUCUCAACUACGAGCCGCCUGUCAUGCCGAUGACUCAGUCAUUCUCGGCUCUUGGCUGCAACAAACCGAUCACAGGACCAUAGAAGAUCAGAUUUUUAUAGAGGACUUGCUACUUAAAAGAAGAGAUCCUCCAUUCCCUAAUAUACGGAAGGGGACUGACAUAUUAAAUUUAAAGAAUGUUAUGGAGCCAAACCGUAGAGCUGAUGGUGACCAUUUGCAGGGUACCAGUGCUGCUGGAUCGGGAGCCUUGGAGCAUGAUCCGUGCUGUCUUUAUAGGCCAGUAGCUAUGGGGGAAGUGAUGCCAGGCCCACUGCCUCUGGGCGUGGCGGUGAUCGACGCAUCGGUGUCGCUGUUCGGCUGCAUAAUGGCGCGCGUCUCCAACAAGCACCGGCUGCAGAUGUUGGGCCACUUCGGCGACUGCAUGAAGGCUGCCAAGUCGUGUCGCGCCGACGCCGUCACGCUCAACGUGUUCGCCGCACUGCUCGCCGGCAUCAAGGGCCUCGCCGACUCCAAGGCGUCCAUCGGCCAGGACGACGUUCGCAACGCGGCUACUGCGCUCAUUGUCGGCACCCUGACAAGCGGCAGUCCGGUGCUGCGUUGCGCGGCAGGCGAGUGUGUGGGGCGCUUGGCGCAGGUGGUUGGCGAUGCACGCUUCACAGCCGAACUGGCCCAGCUGAGCUUCGACCGCCUCAAGUCGGCCAGGGAUGUCGCCACUCGCACCGGCCACUCUCUCGCCCUUGGCUGCCUGCACCGCUAUGUCGGCGGCAUGGGCUCCAGUCAGCACCUCAACACCAGUGUCAGCAUCCUGCUGGCCCUCGCACAGGACUCUACCUCGCCUGUCGUUCAGGUGUGGUCGUUACAUGCAUUAGCACUAAUAGCUGACUCUGGUGGUCCGAUGUUCCGCGGUUAUGUGGAGCCGACUCUGUCUCUGACACUGAAACUGCUGCUGAAUGUGCCGCAGUCGCAUGUCGACGUACACCAGUGCAUUGGCCGCGUUUUGUCAGCUCUCAUCACUACUGUCGGACCCGAGCUACAAGGCAACACUACUUCGGUUUGCAUGGCCCGAUCAUCGUUCCUGUGCGCAUGCGCUAUAAUGCAGGAUCACCAGGACCCACUGGUGCAGGCGGAAGCAACGGCCUGCCUGCAACAGUUGCAUCUCUUUGCUCCCAGACAUGUCAAUCUCAGUUCGCUGGUUCCAACACUCUGUAGGACUCUAUCUAGCAGCCAUUUGAUGCUAAGAAAAGCGGCCGUCUCCUGCUUGAGGCAACUGUCUCAAAGAGAAGCCAAGGAAGUCUGUGAACAUGCUUUGACGCUUGUCAAUGAAAAUAGGGAAAACAAUGUUGAAGGACUGACGAUUACGGAGACAGGUCUACCAGGAAUGUUGUUUGCGAUGUUGGACUGUGAGACAGACAGCAGACUGAUCAAAGACAUCCACGACACAAUUAGCAGCAUGCUGCAAAUGCUGGCCGCCGACAAUCUGUCUCAGUGGCUUUCACUCUGUAAAGCCGUGCUCACAGUUGCUGCAGAAGCUGGACUGGGCGCUGAUGCGGACAAGGCAGCGAGCAGAAUGGGGGGUGCAGUGGCGGUGGCGGGGGACGAUGAUGAAGAGGUGGAUGACGACCAGUCAGAGUUCCACGCAGAGGGCGACACGACACGCGCCUCCGUCCAGCCAAGAUGGCCGACGCGCGUGUUCGCAGCCGAGUGCGUGCGCAAGGUCAUCGCUGCCUGUCAAGGUCAUCGCAACAACCCCGCCCACUUUGACCUCACGCUCGCCAAGGAGAUGCAGCUUACCAAGAGUCGAGGUGACUACUUGGUGCUGCACCUAUCAGACCUGGUGCGCAUGGCCUUUAUGGCAGCGACAAGUGACUCGGAUCCGCUGCGCCUGGAAGGCCUCCACACGCUGCACGAGGUCAUCGACAAGUUCGCCCAAGUGCCCGAGCCCGAGUUUCCCGGACAUCUGCUCCUCGAACAAUUCCAGGCUCAGGUGGGCGCGGCUCUGCGACCGGCGUUCGCGGCCGAGACGGCGUCGCACGUGACAGCGGCCGCGUGCCAGGUAUGUUCGGCGUGGAUCGGCAGCGGUGUGGCGCGUGACCUGAACGACCUGCGUCGCGUGCACCAGCUGCUCGUGUCGUCGCUCGCCAAACUGCAGCGCGCAUCCGAUACGCCGCACAUCUACAACGAGAGCCUCGCCACCCUCGAGCGCCUCUCUAUACUCAAGGCCUGGGCUGAGGUUUAUAUCGUGGCUAUGAUUGGGAAUGGCUCUGCUCCUGGCUGUACAAGUUCUCCGAUGCUGUCGAGUCCCACAACACCGACCAGUGACCCGAACAUCGACGACAAUGAAUUUGGAGAGUUCGAAUCGAGGGGUGAGAGUCUACUGACGCUGGUUCAGCCAGAGCUGGUCAGUUUGGCUCAACAUUGGCUUGCUGCUCUCAGGGAUCACGCUCUACUAUCGUUACCUCCAGAGUUCGCAAGCCAGCUGCCGCACGACGGAGGGGCGUUCUACACGGCGGACACGAUGGAGUCUUGCCGUCCUCACUACGCGGCCACAUGGCCUCCCUUGCUGCACGCUGCUGCACUCUGGCUCAACACCACUGGCUUCAGCUCCAACGACAAUGCAAGUGCUAACACAGCCGCCGCAGACAAGUUCCAUCUGCUUUUCGGUAUUUGCAUGGAAGCUUUGUGCAGCCCAAGGAUGUCGGAACCUCUGGAGAGUGUAAUAAUCUGCUUGAGAGCCCUGUACACGCUGCUAGACAAUCCUGAGCCAAGGAUCAUGCUACUUGUCGAUAAGAGUCUUGCAAUUGAGCUGUGCAACGUACUUCACAGGUUAUUGUUGACCAGAGAUAGCCCCGAAGCUCAUCUUUUGGUAAUGGAGGUUUUGAAACAGGUUAUGAAAGCUGCUCAAGAAACACUUGACUCGUCUAAAAAGAAGAAACUAAAAGAAAUGGCGCCGGCCAACCAAGAGGCGUCGGUGCGCGGGACAGUGGACUGUGAGGGAGAGGGGGGUGAAUGUGGUGAAUUGGUGCCCGGCUCGUCGCUGGCGUUCGCCGUCCUCGAAGUCUGCCUCUGUCUGCUCGUCAGGCAGCUGCCUGCACUCAACCCCUCCCCCUCGCCGAACCCCCCUGCCCCCAACCCCCACCCCUCGGCCCAGCUCAUCGCCUGCGCGCUCACCACCAUGCAAAUGCUGCCCAAGCUCUGUUCGCCGCUAGGUGCUAUAUCAAUCCUGCCGACAAUCCUGUACCUGACGACGGGAGUGCUGCGGGAGUGUGCGCUUAAGGAUGUGUCGGAUGAGGGGGUGCUGGCGCAGGGGGUGGCCGUGACGGCGGCACUACACUGCCUCAAGGCACUCGCCACCGACAAGUACAGCCUCGACGAGCGAUGCAGCCGGCAGUGGCGAGCUCUGCUGCAGAGUGCACUCGCCAAGCUCAUCGAUCUUGCCAAGACCGGAUCAGAUGACAAGAAGAUGGACGAGGUGACGAUGAUGCUGGCGAUGACUGUGUUGGUGCUGCACACGCCAGCUGACGUGGUGUCGGCGCCCAACCUCCAGUAUCCCUGCAUCAAUCACUUCCGCCAAUCACUGCAGAGCCCCAAUAUACAGGUGAGGGUGAAGUGUGUGCAGACACUACGCAGUAUAUUCUCACACAGUGAAAAGGCGGUAACAACUGGCUACAUCCAUGCUCUGGCUCCUAGAAUCGUGGAGUACCUCCAUUCAGAGGCCGCUCGGAAUCCCACAUCUGACAACGAACUGCUCCUCACUCUCGAGAGUAUCUACACCAUCGAAAGUCUAGUUCCUCUUUCUGAACCGAAACAUCGAGACGUGAUGCAAGGAAUCCAAAUGCUAUCAAUGCUCGUGCCAAUUGUAAUAGAUUGUCUCCUGGAAGGACCAGCUCUGAAAGAAGCCAAUCGAUUUUGUAAGAGCUUACAUGAACAGGCUCUACAGCUGCUGAUGAAAAUUGGACCUCAAUAUCCUCAGGAGUUCAAAGCACUGAUCAGCCAGUCGAGUGAGAUGAGAACGCGCCUGGAGUCGGCGGUGCGGACCAAUCAGCAGCAGCAGCAGCAGCAGCAGCAGAGAGCCAAAGCCGAGUCUGUCUCCACCAAGGCCCAAGGCCUCCACCACCCUUCAGCCGCACCAACAAUCAAGCUUAAGACUGACUUUAGAAAUUUCACUACCUAAACCCUGUACAGUAAUCAGUCUUUCAUUUUAUCGGCUAGUGUAGACGGCGUGCCGUUAACUCUAUCUCACCCACAGUUUGUCACAUGUAAUUUUGUCUCUCGUGUCAAUAAUACAGGGAAAACGGUAGUCCUUAGUUGUAUUAUGUUGAAUGAUUGAAUUAAUAAAUAAAUACAUUGAACAAAAAUAAAACUAGGAAAAUAUUUCAAUAGUGGCUGUGAUUCUGUUGUAAAGUUGAACAGAAAACUUUGAACUGAAAUUUUGUUCAGAUAAAGUAUUGCACCUGUCGAGUUACAAAAAUAUUGUAUUUCAACAAGUAUGUGAGCCCCAUUCAAGAUAUCAUUAUUCUCUGACUUUUUUUCUGUGCUGAAAUUUUAUGCUCAGCUCAGAGAGAUCCCGUAUUCUUCUAUUUAGUAGAUCUACUUAAUAUUCUUGAGAUUUAUAGAUACUGUAUUAGAAAUUGAAAAUUAAUUUUCUUGAUAACUACAACUAAGGGAUCAGUUAUCUUUGUUUCUCAGUCUAUCUUGUAGACUAAUAUUGAUCUAGUCUAUGUAGACUCUUGUAGACUAAUUGAUUGACUUGAUUGAUCAAAUUCAAAUUGAUAAAUUGAUCUUAGCAUUAGCCAUUUGUAAACAAAUAUCAUAUUUGUAUUCUCAUUUGAACUCAGAUUUUGAGGCAAGUACAUAUUGAAUGGAUCCAUAGGGUUUUUUGUUUGAAUCUGGAUAGGAUAUUUCUGUGCAAAUGUGCAAGUUGUGUUUCUCAUCAAUGUUGAGUACAGAUUGUUGAUAUAUCAUUGAACAAAUACUUAACGUUCUUCAUUAUAUACUAAAAUAGAUUAUUUUCUCAGGGUUUGAAUUGACGUCAAGCACUGUUCCAAUUCUAUUUUGACUAUUUUCAACUAUUCAAUGCUGAACAUUUUCAUAUUUCAAAUAAUGUUUUAUUGGAAUCAUUACAGAAACAAUUUGUGUUUACUUUAGUAUCAAGUUUUUAGAAGAUAAAUAGUUUAAUCAAUUGCAGGAAGUAUUCAAUUUUCUUAGUGACAAAUUCUAGGUGGGAUAUUGUUGAUUGCAGCUGAUUGUAAAUUUGUGUGUAGAAAUAAAUAAAUAAUCUAAAUAAUGUUGGAAGAGCUCAUUAAUUUAUCAAUUGUUGUAGUUUGAUGUUAGAGUUAUUUAAGAGAUUAGACAAUUUUGAAAUAGUUAUUUCUCCUAUCCAACAUUGGAGGCGCUUCAAAAAAUUGAUGAAGAUUUUCUUACAGUCUUAUUCUAUCCAAUGACUAUGAACACAAUUGAUGUCUUCCCGUAUUUCCUCUCUAUAGUUAUUUAUAUUAGUUCCCUUGGAUGAGUUUUAAAUCAAUAUUUUUGUCUGGCUUUCACAUUAAUUUGUUUGCAUCAUAAAUUAUAUAGUUUUAAUAUGUUUACUCUGUUAAACUCAAUUUCCCCUUCUUCUAUAAUGUCUAUAUGCAUUCGACUAAUAUUCAGCUAUUUACAAACUUGACAUGUAUUCAAUUUAUUGUAUUUUUUGGUAGCAUAUAAUACAAACUACGUCAAUUCAAUUGAAAAAGCCUACCAAUCUUAAUUAUUCUCUACAAAACCUAUUCUACCAUCCAUCGUUAAUUUCCAACAAUUUUCACUCAUUCUCCUAACACCUCUUACAUAUUGUCAAGACUAGUAUUGGAACUAUUUAGCACGUAGUAAACUUAUAUGUGAUUAUUAUUAGUUAGAAUAAAAGUGCCAAUUACUUCAACCAUUUACAUUUUAGAUUCCCUUAAUGGUUUCCAUAUUCUAGUAUUAUCAAUCGAAUAUAUGAUUGAACUGAUGUUUUUGUAGAUUUUUGAACUAUUGGAUUUUCCAAACAAUAUUAAUUUUUCCCAAAGUUUGAAAUGAACCAAAAUCCAAAUGAGCACGGUAUUUGAAUUGAAAAUCGAUGUUAUUGACAAUUUUCCUGUCUAGAGUCUAGGGUGUUGAACACACUAUGAACAUUGUCUGGCUGAUCUGGUUUUGAAAAUGUGUUUUUUUUUUAAUGAAAUACUACAAUCUGUGAUGAACCUAUCUUUUAUAGUAAAUUGUAAAUUGUUUAAUUUUGAACAUUCCUCAUAAAAUUCAUCAUAUUGGUUUCAUUGUGCUAUUAUUAUUCGAAUAUCACUUCAUUUAUUUUGUAAUAUAUUUAUAAAAUAAUGCUUAAUAAUACAAAAAUCGAAAUGAUAUCAUCACAGUUACAACUAGAAUAUUUCUACAUCACGAUUAUUUUUAUAUUAGGCCUAUAACAGUGUAACAAGUAUGCAUUAUAUUCGGAAGAGCAAUUGAAACUAUUUAUCAGGUUUUUUUUUUGUAUAAUAGGCAAAAUAUUAUACGCACAAAGUUGUUCUCUAUGUACAUGCUAUUGAAAAGGAGCACUGCUGGAGAUAGGCUAUAUCGUAAUACUGACUCUUAUUCUGUAGGGGAAUGUGAUUGAAAGCUAUUGAAUUUACUCUAGACAAGGGGGGAGACGACCCUAGUUUAGCAGCGCGGGCCAGAUUUGAUCCACCUGUGUUUUCCCUACGGUAUAGGAAUAAUAUUUUUUAACAUAUAUGUAAUAUGACUGUUGGAUAAAAGUAAUUCACUGAUAUGAUUUUAUAACUCACUGCAAUUGAAUAAUAAACUUAGAAAAUAACCACUGAAAAUAACACUGGAAGGCGGCAACCAUUAAAAAGUUAAUGAAAUCAAAUAAAACCCACUGAUAUUGAAGUAUUGAGCCGCCAAAACAACCCCCCCCCCACCGCGAAGCUUGUUGGCCUAUCUGGUAAACCAAUUGACCAAAUAAAUAAUAAUUGAAGAAAUUAGUGUUCAUCUCUACAUUUGAUUGAGAUAGAUGUCAUUGUCAAUAAUUCUACUAUAGUGAACACUUAAAAUCACUUGAUCUUAUUCCUUAAUACAGUUGAAUAUGUGUUGGUUUUAAGACAAAACCAUGGCGCCCUGUCAAGUGUGUUAGAAUUUGCAAUAUCAAUGUUUCUCAAUUUCACAUUGAACAAAGAUGAUUAUGAAAUUAUAUUUCCUUUACAUCUUAGCAAAAACAAUUUUCGGCCUCAAGUUUAUUCUAAUCACUAGUGACUUUUCUCAAGGAUAUGGUAAAACUCUGAAUGGUUUUUUGUUUAAAGACAAAAAUCGAUAUUCACAUUCGGCUAGACAGGUACUGCACUAUUUUUUUAUAAUUAUUACUGUAUUCUACUUUUAAGUUGUGCAAAGACUGUUGUGCAAAAUAGCUGUAUUCAGUACCUAUUGAAUUAUUAUUGUGAUCAUCAAGUUCAAGAAUUGAACUUUGCAAUUCAAAUUAUUUGUUGGAUUACAUAAUAAUUGAAGUUUUUUUUUAUUAAACAUCUACAUAUUGAAUGAAAUUCUAUUUAUCUGUAGGAGACCGGAUGAAAUCACUAUAAUAUAUUGAGCGACAACUAAAAUGUUUUAGCUUGUUGCAAAAAUUAAAAUAUCUAUGUUAUAUUGAAUAUUAUAUAUUAUAGUCAAUGUAGUGUUUAUAUCUAUGUGAUGAAUAUAAAUGAAUUUACAAAACUA